CUAGAAGUUGUAGAGAGUGUAGGAGGGAGGCUCUGGCAGAGUUGGUGCUUGCGGGCGCGAGUUAAAGAGUUGGUGCUGAUAGACGGGGUUGGUGUAAAGUGGAUGGAAGCCCGGGGCGGCAGGGCGGGGAGUAAGGCCGGAAUACUUUUUUUUUUUUCCCCUCUGUUUCUUUUGAACAUUAUUUAUUAUUGUUUUCAUUACCAUCGUUGUCGGCUUGCGUCUGCUAUUUUUCCCUGUUUAGUUUUUUGGAUUAGCGGGAGCGUUGUUGCAUGCAUGCGUGUAUGGGAGCGCACGCUGGUGGGGCGGAGGUGGUGGUAUGUACGCCGCGGCGUGGGUUACAUCUCUCUGUUGUGUGUUUGCGUGGGUGGGCGGCUGUGUCUGUUUGCCUGGGCGUAUAUCAAUAGUAGCGUGCGGGAGCGGCGGUACCUAGUGAUGGUGGUGGCGGCGGCUUUUUCGUCAUUUGUAUGAGCGACCGAGCAAGGCAAGGAAGCGAGCGAAUAAGUGUGUGAGGGAGACUUAGUGGAGGAGGGGGGCUGGGGAAUGAAUAGACAGACACUCUCGUCGAUGCAU